UUUGAAGUUGGUGUAAAUUACCGUUUUCGUGAGCGCUGAUUAAAUUAAAUAACUUUCUUACGGAAAGCCAGUGGUUGAGAAAUUUAUUAAGCCUUAACAAAGCCAAGCGUAAAAUUCAAGCCAAUUUUGGGUUUUCAGCUUUUGGGCUUUAAGCUUAAUACCAAUAGAGGAGAAUUUUAAAACAGAAGCAGGAGCGAGAGACAGAGAGCUGGACAAUGUCACACUCGACGGUGCAGCCGAGCCGGUCGAGAGACCUGGACAAACUGCUUCUCAGGCCCGGCAAUCUCGUCGCCCCUACCUUCGAACCCGGUACCCAAUUGAGAGAUGAUCUUCAAGAGUACGUUCGAAUAUUGGUGGUGGGAGCCGGUGGAUUGGGCUGCGAGCUACUUAAGGACUUGGCCUUAUCUGGUUUUAAGAAUCUGGAGGUCAUCGACAUGGACCGCAUCGAAGUUUCUAAUCUCAAUCGCCAGUUCCUAUUCAGGCUUGAAGAUGUUGGUAAGCCAAAGGCUGAAGUUGCAGCCAAGCGUGUCAUGGAAAGAGUUAGUGGUGUGAAUAUUGUGCCACAUUUUUGCCGGAUUGAGGACAAAGAACUGGAUUUUUAUAAUGAUUUUAGUAUUAUUGUGCUUGGUCUUGAUUCCAUUGAGGCGCGGAGCUAUAUAAAUGCUGUAGCUUGUAGUUUUCUUGAGUAUGAUUCUGAUGACAACCCUCGGGAAGAAACAAUCAAACCCAUGGUAGAUGGUGGUACUGAAGGUUUCAAAGGCCAUGCUAGAGUUAUUAUGCCAGGAGUCACACCAUGCUUUGAGUGUACCAUCUGGCUUUUCCCCCCUCAAGUCAAGUUUCCUUUGUGCACUCUUGCAGAAACCCCUAGAACUCCUCCUCAUUGUAUUGAAUAUGCUCACUUAAUUAAAUGGGACGAGGUUCAUAGUGGAAAGGAUUUUGAUCCAGAUGAUCCAGAACAUAUGACGUGGGUUUAUACAGAGGCUGUUAAGAGAGCUGAGCUUUUUGGCAUUCAAGGAGUUACGUAUUCACUUACUCAGGGUGUUGUGAAAAAUAUCAUACCUGCUAUUGCUUCCACUAAUGCAAUUAUAUCAGCUGCGUGUGCAUUGGAAACCUUAAAGAUUGCAUCAGGAUGCAGCAAAACUCUAUCCAACUACCUAACGUAUAAUGGCGUGGAAGGUCUCCACAUUAAAGUGACUGAAUUUGUGAAGGACAAGGACUGUCUUGUUUGUGGUCCAGGCGUUCUUAUCGAGCUAGACACUUCAGUUACAUUACAAAAGUUCAUUGAUAUGCUUGAAGAGCAUCCUAAGCUGUUCCUAUCAAAAGCAAGCGUCACACACCUAGGGAAGAAUUUGUACAUGCAAGCACCUCCAGUCCUAGAAGAGAUGACUCGAUCAAAUCUAAGUUUACCGUUAUUUGAACUUAUGGGUAAAGUCCCAAAAGAUGUUGUUCAUGUGACUGGUAUCACCAGCCAAAACGACAGUAAAAGGUCUUGUCUGAGAAAAUUACGAGUUGUUUUCAAGGCAAUUGACGGGGUCACGGACAUGGACAUGGCUGGUGGGGCAUAAUUUUGCAUGCAGCACAGCACCAGGAUUUUUCUUGCAGUAACUUCUCAACUCCAGAAAGAUACUCCUUUAGAAAUUUUCUUUACUGAAGGCAGAAGUUGGUGAGCAACAUAAAAUCCAUUUUUAUGUGUAACAGUUUAUCAAAAUAUGUUUCAUCAAAGAUGCAGUUGUAGAUGUGACAUUAUUACCAAGAGAGCAACGUUAUUCACCAAGUUUUUUAAUUUUUAUUAUUUUUGCAGAGA